GACAGUUGCUCGUUUGCGCAGCUCGCGCGCAGGUGAACGUUGGCUCUUCGCCACAGAGACCGGAAAAUGCCUUAACAGGCAGAAAUAAACCGCCGGGUAUUAUUGUUAUUAUUAAUAAGGAAGUCAGACAAAGUGAUGUUUAGACAUGUGUGAAGGUAAACAUUUUAACAUCGUCAUUACUGUCUGUGUAUCGAGCGGAUGGAUAAACAGAAACCUGUGUUAAACUGGUAGCUGUGAGCUGCUGCUGGUGAUACCUGAGGAAACAACACGGAACUUCUCACUGUGACCUGAGGAUUCUGUCAUCCAGAGGUCAUGGCGCAUGACGACCGCAUGGCCAUCCUGGAAGACGACGAGGAGGAGCUAAAAAGGAAUGAAGCUAUUUCUGAUGAUUUUAACCGCCUCCAUUUGGAGGUCCACAAAGGUGACCCCACCUCUCUAUCUCUACCUGAACCCAGUGACCCUCACCCAGAAAAACCAACUGUUCCCUUCUCUGAACACCAACGAAGGUGCUGUGAGAGCAUUUUCCUUCGGAUCAACCGAUACCUUCUGGUCUCCAAAGUGUUCUACUUUUUCUUCUAUGCUGCCUAUGGCUCACUGCACCCUUUGCUAGCUGUGUUUUAUAAGCAAUUGGGGAUGAAUCCUUUCCAGUCCGGUUUGUUGGUGGGGAUUCGCUACUUUAUUGAAUUCUGCAGCGCCCCCUUUUGGGGUGUUGUGGCUGACCGGUACAGGAAGGGCAAAGCAGUGUUGCUGUUCUCCGUUUUCUGCUGGUUGGUGUUUAACUGUGGGAUUGGGUUCGUGAAACCAGCUGCAAUGAGCUGCAGGCUGGAGAACCAGAUCACAAGUACGACUUUGGCUACAACUGUGGCUACCACUAAUGGAACUUUAACACCCAUGGUUUCCACCAAUGGGAGUUUUGACUUAAAUAUGACGUUCACCAAUUGGACUGUAGCUCCAACUACAGCAUCCACUAUUGGGACUGUAGCUCCAACUACAGCAUCCACUAUUGGGACUGUAGCUCCAACUACAGCAUCCACUAUUGGGACUGUAGCUCCAACUACAACAUCCACUAAUGGGACUGUAGCGCCAACUACAGCCUCCAGCAAUGGGAAUUUAGGUCCAUCUGUAGCUUCCCCCAGUGGGACCGGAGCAGCCAUUAUACCUAAUCCAUCAGAUAAUAACACUAGGCAGCGCAGAGACCUAAUUGGACAUUUCUCUAGUUUAACUUUGCUGCCGUCCAAUAAGGAGUCAGUGUUAAGGUCUCAGCACAGAUUUCAACGAGACACUAACGUUAGCAUUAGCGUGGCUUCAGGUGUCCAGUCCACUAUUGCAGGACCUGAACAGAAUUUUACCACACACCCUCAGUCCACAACCUCUAGUAACAUGAGCUCCACCUCCACACCUCCAAACCCCAGCACCAGCACACCACCACCCAAAUAUACGAUUGAAUAUAACCCCGACCAAGUGCAGGCCAUCUUCCUCCUCAUCCUGUCGGUCGUCAUCAUCGGAGAGUUCUUCAGUGCGCCUGCAGUCACCAUCGUAGACACGGUGACCUUGCAGUACCUAGGUACACACCGUGACCGUUAUGGGCUUCAGAGGAUGUGGGGCUCUCUGGGUUGGGGGUUGGCCAUGCUCUUUGUGGGCAUCUGGAUCGACCACACCAAAGUCUUCUACCAGGUCGAUGGCGAUGCCGGCUGCACUCUGCCCAACUACAAGAUCGCGUUCAUCGUCUUUGGCGUGCUCAUGGCAGCAGCGCUAAUUAUUGCCACACAGUUCCAGUUUGCGGUGCGGCAUUCAGAGGGACAGACAGGGAGUGGGACGGCGCAGGAUUCCUCUGGUGGGCUGGAUGGUUCCAUGCCCCCUGACGCUCAGGAGUUUCGCUACAUGGAGCUGUUGCAGCUUCUUUGUAGCGUGCGCUACAGCACCGUGCUGUUUGUCGCAUGGUUCAUGGGCUUCGGCUAUGGCUUCGUCUUCACCUUCCUUUUCUGGCACCUGCAGGACCUGAACGGCACGCCCACGCUGUUUGGAGUGUGUUCCAUCCUGAGCCAUGUGUCCGAGCUUGCCGCCUACUUCUCCAGCCACAAACUGAUCGAGCUGGUGGGUCAUAUAAGGGUGCUGUAUAUCGGCCUGGCGUGUAACACAGCUCGCUAUCUGUACAUCUCAUACCUGAGCAAUGCCUGGACUGUGCUGCCCAUGGAGGUGCUGCAGGGCGUGACCCACGCUGCAGUGUGGGCGGCGUGUAUCUCGUACCUCAGCGCCGCCGUGCCCCCCGCACUCCGCACAUCGGCUCAGGGAAUCCUACAGGGUCUCCACCUAGGACUGGGCAGGGGCUGUGGUGCCAUGCUAGGGGGCUUUCUGGCCAACUCCUUUGGUCCUGCUGAGACAUUCAGGGGGAUUGGAAUGGCCUCUCUCGUCAUCCUUCUGCUGUUCGCCUUCAUCCAGAGUGUCACUGAGAAGGACAAGGAGAACAAGAUGCUGGCAGAGAACAUCCCCAUCCCCUCCAGCCCGGUCCCCAUAGCAACCAUAGACCUGAUGCCAAACUCUGAGGUCGUGUCCCCGAGCAGCCACCAGGAGCCUAAACUUCCAGCCCGGAAAACACGACACCAGGAGGAUCAGGAGGACGGCGCCAAACCCGCCUGGGCUCUCAGUGUGUCUCCGUGGGUCACCGUCGCAUUCGCCAUCGUCCAGAUCAAAGAGCUGAUUGUCAUGAGGAAGACAAACACACACACUGAGGUCCAGCCUCUACAGGACCAAGAUAAUAGUCCUCCAAACUCGCAGGAUGAGAAUUCCCCUCCUGAGUCUUGUGGGAGCGCAGCGCAGGCCAAAGGUUCUCCAAGCACGACACACACCCUGCCGGACAAGGCGUCGUCUCUGGAGGCCUCCACCUGAACAAAGCUCUCACACAUACACUUGAACUCCACUCUGACUAUGAAGGACUCUUUUCGACUGCAUUUAUUUUUAGUAAAUUAAUUUUUAGUGUUUAUUGUGUUCAGAGCUGCACUAUGAGCUCUAGGCAUGUGUCGAUAAUCACUUACACAAAGGCUUCUUUUAAAGCCUUCGUUUUAUCAGGAUAACAUCACAUCGUACCGUGAUAAAAGGACAAGCUGUGAUGGAGGUACAGAAGUCAGUAUGUUGGCAUAAUGUCUGGGCUCCUCUGUGUUUGUAAGUUAUUUUUGUAGUUUAACGUCGUUUAUAACUUAAAGAAUUAUGAUCAUUUUCAUCAACACUGAAAACACCAUCAGUGUUUUAAUUUAUUUAUGUCCUGCUUUUUAAUAGUUGUCCUGGUCCAGUGGUUAAUAGGUUCCUGUCCAGGUUUGAUUUGUUGUAAUGUUUCUAUCACACACACACACACACACACACCUGCUGCUGAGUUCUGUAUUAUGUUCAUCAGAUUAAUCAGUAAAUUAUUAAACUUGUUCUAACUGUGUAUCUGACAGCAGUGCAACUGCAAAGCAAAAGAUGAUAUUAAUUUGCUCGUUCUAAUACGUCAUCGUUUCUAAUAGCAACAGCUCAUUCACAGACAUGUAAAGGACGAGUCUCCAAGCCGUAUCUCUUAGGUUCUAAGUGGAGAAGCUGCAGUUUAGUCUGCAGAGAAGAGGAGAACCUGGUGAGGAACUCGUCUGACAUUCCACAACAUUACAUUUUAAUAAAUAUUAAUAUUAUAUACAUAUUUACAUCAUACACUGUUAUUCAUUAUUAUUAAUUAUUAUUAUUAUAUAAAACUGUGAUCGAUUUUUUUUUUAAGGUGUGGGGAAAUUUAAAACUGAUGAAACAUCUACCAUGUUGUACAGUGUUCUGUGUGUGAUGUUCCUGUCCACACUGUAAACAUCCUCUACACCGUCUAUAGUGUAUAACACACACAAGCCCAUGGAUAUAUAUACACACCCUUAACAUCUACAGGGCAGCGGUGGCUCAUGCGGUUAAAGCUCUGGGUUGUUGAUCAGAGGAUCUGGGUUCAAGGUGCCACUGUUGGGCCCUAGACCGAGGCCCUCGACCCUCCAGGGCUUCUGUAUCAUAUAUUAAGCUGCCCCUGCACUCCGAGCCCAACCUCCUCAGCUCUAAUGUAUUAUGUGGUGAUAAUAAAGGCUUUCCAAAGGAGAAUCACUAUAGAAACCUGUGGGCGUGGCCACAUGUAUUUGUUUUGUCUUUAUUACCUUUAACGUCUCGACCACCAGCUGAAAUUCUAUAUGUAGACAAAAGGUUUGUGAGAUUCUCUGUGACUGUAUAAAGGAGAGAGUUUGUGUGAUCUGAUCACUGCUCAUGUGAUGAUGGACCUUCUAACCUGAAACAUCUGAUGUAAACAUAACUCUGUUCCUCUUUACCUCCAUCUCAUACUGGAGGUAAUAGUGAUAAUAAAAUGUCUAAUCUAUAUUACAUUCAUUUAGUGGGAGAAUAAAUAUAUAUUAAAAAGCA